UGGACAGAGGGUAAGAUUUACCUGCAUUACAAAGCUGUGACUUCAACCAAGGGUGGACAGCUACAGGACGGACGAGUGAAGUGGUGAAAUAUUUCAACUACAACCUGCUGCUGAUUUUAAAACGCUCAAAGACUCAAAGUAAAAGUAACUCUCUGCUGUGUUUUUAGUCACACUCAGACAUAAAAUGGCUUCCAGAUCAGAGGAGGAUCUCUGCUGUCCGAUCUGUCACGAUGUCUUUAGAGAUCCUGUCGUUCUGUCGUGUAGCCACAGCUUCUGUAAAGACUGUCUGCAGGACUGGUGGAGAGAGAAACCAAUACGUGAGUGUCCAUUUUGUAAGAGAAGAUCUUCAAAGGACCGCCCGCCUGUUAGUCUGGUAUUAAAGAACCUGUGUGAGGCCUUCUUACAGGAGGGAGACCAGAGAGCCUCAGAGGCUCUCUGCAGUCUGCACUCUGAGAAACUCAAACUCUUCUGUCUGGAACAUCAACAGCCAGUGUGUGUCGUCUGCAGGGUUUCAGAAAAACACACCAACCACAGAUUCAAACCCAUCGAUGAAGCUGCACGAGAACGCAAGGGGAAACUUCAGAAAACUCUGGAGCCCUUAAAGGAGAAGUUAAAGACUUUUCAGCAAGUUCAAGUGAAGUUUAAUCAAACAGCAGGUCACAUGAAAGUCCAGGCGCAACACACAGAGAGGCAGAUUAAGGAGCAGUUCAAGAAGCUUCACCAGUUUCUAGAAGAGGAAGAGGAGGCCAGGAUGGCUGCACUGAGGGAGGAAAAGGAGCAGAAGAGUCAGAUGAUGAAGGAGAAGAUGGAGGCUCUGACCAGAGAGAUAGCAGCUCUUUCAGACACAGUCAGAGCCACAGAGGAGGAGCUGAGAGCUGAAGACAUCUCAUUCCUACAGAACUACAAGGCUGCAGUGGACAGAGUCCAGCAGCGCCCCCCACUAGAUAAUCCACAGCUGCUCUCAGGAGCUCUGAUAGAUGAGGCCAAACACCUGGGCAACCUGACCUUCAACAUCUGGAGCAAGAUGAAGGACUUGGUCUUCUACACUCCUGUGAUUCUGGACCCAAACACUACUCAUCGGAAACUCAUCCUGUCUGAGGAACUGACCAGUGUGCAACAUGGACAGAGACAGCAGCUUCCUGAUAAUCCAGAAAGACUUGAGGAUUAUGUCACUGUCCUUGGCUCUGAGGGCUUUAACUCAGGGACUCACAGCUGGGAUAUCGAAGUUGGAGACAAUACAUCCUGGUCAGUGGGUGUAUUAGCAGAGUCUUUCCGGAAGAAGCCCCAGAAACAGUAUGGAUCAUGGGAAAUGUGGUUCUACAGAGGUGAAUACUCGGCACGGUCACUACCAGGUCCAUUUACUCCUCUCCAAGUGCAGAGGAAGCUCCAGAGGAUCAGAGUGAAACUGGACUGGAACGGAGGAGAGCUGUUGUUCUCUGAUCCUGAUACUAGCACAGACAUUCAUAACCUAAAACACACUUUCACUGAGAGGCUGUUCCCAUACAUUAGCACAGUGGACAAAGUCCCACUGAAGAUAUUACCACUGAAGGUCUGUGUGACAAAACAACAGGAAACAGAUAUAAGGAGGACAUUAGUGGAAGAAAAAAAGUUAAUAAGUACAGCAGAAAAAAAUGAGUGAAAAAUGAAAACUACAAACAAUUGUCUUGAUGUGAGUAAAGGCCCAGACACACCAAACCAACAUCAAAGAACUAGCAGCGGCGGACUGUUGCAGCGCACUGCAAAGACUACAGUCAGCGGCCAGCUAGCACAUAGUAGGAAAUAACUCUCCAUAGCUGCAGGUGAUAGCAGUUAGUCUCUAUUCAUCAUUAAAGAAGGAAACGGUAAGACCAACAGCACAGGACGGAUUUAAGAUGCUAGUUAGCCAGUUAGCACAUUAACAAUACAAUCUGAUGCUCAAAGAACAAAGUAUAUUUAUCGUGUGCUAGUGAACAACAGCGCAAACAAUUGCAAACCCUACAGUUCGAAAGGCGACGUUUAGAGAGCAAGCCCAAAUAAGCAACUCCACUUUAGAAACAAGCCCAAAAAACUGCAACCUACUACCAGUAUUUGUAAGCUUUAAACAAAAAAACAAGCCCAAAGUCACGGCUAAUAGGUGGACCUGGCAACCCUACGACUUGUCCUCCUCACAUUUCUUCCGUCCUCUUGCGUGCUGGAAAAGCCGUUUCCUCAAACUGAGUUUUUCUAAUACUCUGAGCACUUACUUACACCACACUUUCCAGUUUAAUUCCUAUCUAUACAAUUUUACAGAGCGGUUUGUUCAUAUAAUUCAGAACCUGAUUCACCUAACACUUUACUUAUUAAAAUUUGGCAAAAAUUGUUUUUUUUCUGUGGCUGUUGACCGUAUUGUCUGAUUUAUGGAGUGACUGUAAAAACCUUUGACUCUAAUAUGUUAACAUUAGGGAUGCUCGAUAAUAUUGGUACCUCAUCUGUAUCAGCCAAUAUCGGCUUUAAAAUGAACAUGCACUGAAAAGCAUUUUAUUUCAUGUCUCCAUCAGCUGGUGGGCCAUCACUAUAGGAGUAUGCAUGCAUAAUACGAUGUUAAUUCCACUACAGAAGAGACUUGAUGGUCACUUAACUGGGGGAAAAAGUGGAUACAUCGAUAUCAGUAUUGGUUAUCCGUCAAAUGAAUUGUUAUAUAUCGGCAUAUCAGAUAUCUGCUAAGUAUCCAUUAUCGUGCAUCCCUAGUCAACACAAAUGAAACAAGAAUUUCAAACCAGACGUUAUCCAAUGUUCAGAUUUCUCUUCUAAAAUUUAUGCAAAUAGGCUCAUAUUUAAAAGGAUAACCACUUGCUUGUUUAACCUAAAUUUUCAGAGAUAUUGUUGUUGUUUUGUUAUUGUUGUUACCUGUCAGCUGAUUUAAAUUAUUCUAAUUGUUUUAUUUUUUAUUUUAUUGUUUUAUAAACUGCAGUGACUGCUGUACAUGUUUCUUAUGAUCUGGACACACACUGAGAGUGGAUCUGUCAUCUGCCAUAUGAGCAUCAUUAAAAAUAUAACAAAUCAGGACAAAAGAAGAAACACAACCUGUUUCACACAGAGAUCUCUAAAAAUUAUUUGGAUUUUUUUUUUAUUAUUAUUCUAAAUCUGCUUACAUUUUUAAACUAACAAAUAUGAGAUGUUGAUGGGUUUUGGAUGAGAGGAACACCAGGUCCGCUGUGUUUGAGUUUUGGUAACUUAAUCACUUGAAACACAGCAGCAUUAACACUGUUGGUCAAAUCUAUAUUUUUCAAUUUUGUGCGUUUUCCAGACAUGUACUACCUGCAUACUUUGGCUGUAGAAACCAUAUGCUUUUAUUCAGUUUUUUUCUAAAAUGUAUACUUUUUUAAAUAUUAAGUUUUUUUCAACAACUUUCCUACAUCAAAGUAAAUGGGAGAAAUCGUGUUUAAUCUACUCCACUUUGAAGUUCUUCAGUUUCUUCAUACUUUCAGCUGCAGAAUUUAUUUAACCAAGAAACAGGUUACAAGAAUUUGAACUAUUAAACAUGUAUACUAAUCAGAAUCAGAAAUUAUGAUUAGUUACAGUUGCUCCGAUGUAAAGAAUAUCGAAUUAAUUAAGUAUGAAUAAGUGUAUGAAAUAAAUUGUCAAU